CAUCUUUUUCAACCAUCAAUUGGUCGUGCUGCUUUAUUAGGUAAAAACACAACAGAAUAUCAUUCAACCUGUCGUCGUGCAUCACCCCUCCUCAACACUCGGCUGGAAGAACGUCAUAGCAUAUUUCGACGCUUCGUGCAAUGACUUCCAUCAAGGCGUUGACGCUUGCGGUCGCCGCGUCCGUCGCUCUGGCGCAGAAUGCCACGGCCGUUGUCGCCACGACUAUCGCUCCCGCUGUAGAGGCAGAAGCGACUUCAUUCUUCAGUAGCCCCGUCGUAAGCGCCAUUCUCACAAUCCUCGCGUUGUUGUACGUGUUCCUCGGCCUGGCGAUCGUGUGUGAUGACUACUUGGUCCCUUCGAUUGAAACGCUGUGCGAGAAGCUCAAGAUCCCCGAAGAAGCGGCCGGUGCAUCCUUCCUUGCGUUCGGCAGCGCCGCCCCCGAAAUCCUCCUGAACGCAGUCGCGACCGCCGAAGGCAAGAUCGAGGCGAUGGAAUCGUCCCUUUCUGCUAUUCUCGGGUCCGCCAUCAUUGCGUUCGCCCUCAUUCCCGCCCUCUGUACGCUGGUCGCCCCGACGUCCUUGAUGAUUUCAUGGGCCCCCAUGAUCCGCGACUCGAUGGUGUACAUCGCCAGUCUCGGCACGCUCGUGUACGUCAUGAACGACUCCCAAGUCGGCACGUGGCAGUCCGGUCUUCUCAUCCUCGUCUACGUCGGAUACAUGUUGAUCAUCUUCGUGCCCAUCUGGCUCCGCCCCGUCGACCCUGACCGCCACGACGAGUUUAUCACUCCGGCGGAAAACCACAUGAUCGACCAUGCCCUUGCCCCGCACAACCCACUCCUCGCAACGUCGUCGUCCAAGGGAUAUGGUGCCGUCCAUGCUGAGGAAGGCGCUGCGGAACCUGCGUGGCUCGAACCCGUCCGUAAAGUGAUCGACCUCCUCUCCCGUCCCUUCCGCAUCCUCUUCGCGUACACCCUGCCUGAAUGUGGCGUCGACUCUCCCACCCGAUCGUACUACCCCGUCACGCUGGUGCUGUCCAUCGUGUACGUGGCGCUCUUGUCGGCGGCGGCAUUGUACUCGACCCGCAUCUUGACGACGGCGUUGAACCUGUCGACUGAAGUCGCGGGGGUGACCCUCCUGGCGCUGGGCUCUCAAAUCCCCGACGCGAUCGCGUCCGUGUCGCUCGCUCGCGCCGGCCACGCCGACGCCGCCGUCUGUAACGCGAUCGGGUCCCAAGUCAUCAACGUCACGCUGGGCAGUGGGCUUCCUUGGUUCUUGUACACGCUCUUCCACGGCGAGAUCCACAUCCCGUACGAGCAAGAAACGUUGCUGUUCCAGCUGCUCGCCGUCAUCAUCUUUGCGUACUUGGUGCUCAACCUCCGUGGGGUGUUCUGCGCAUGCUUCUCUAAGGCCAAGGGUUUCUACGUCGGGCUCAGUCCCCGCGACGGCAUUGCGCUCUUGGUGCUGUAUGUCGCCGUCAACGUGUGGCUCGUGAUCAAACUGUAAUUGCAAGCCCAUCACACAAACGAAACUUGAGUUACCA